AUGGCAAUGAGGAAUGACACUGGGGAACACAUCCAGCUGCUGGCCCUGUUUGUUUCUAACAACAGCCUGUGUGACAGCUUCUACCUGAGAGGGGUGGGGCUAGCUCUGCCCUGCAGGGACAGCCAGGCCUCAGCACAGGCGGAGGCGCCAGGUGGUAUCUGCAUCUUGUUGAAACAUUUUGAUGACUGUGGGACAGGAGAGGAGGGACGAGGAAGCCAGCGCCACGUGGAAGGCAGGGCGGGGAGUGGACAGCUGGAACCGGACGGGCGCGAAAGCAGCAGCUUCCACACUCGGUUCGCGGACACGAGAAGGGAAACGAGUCGUAUCUUUGUCCCUGCUGCUUCUGUGUGGACGUGUGACAGGAGCUUCAGCAGAGCUGGGGAGCCCGGGAGUCGCUUGGAUUUCGGUUCGCCCGGUCGCCUCACUGCUGAGGUCUGUCUUUACAGCGUGGCCCCUUACGAGGUGACCGCGUCUUCGCGGCCAUCCAGCCCGUCUCCUCUCCAGCCCCAGGGACCGGUGAGGUCCAGCAACCUGGUGACCGUCACGGGGAUCUCCCUGUGCCUGCUCAUCAUCGCGGCCACCGUGCUCAUCACGCUGUGGCGGCGCUGCGGCCGCGCCCCCGAGUGUGGCGCCGCCGCGCGACACGGCGGCCUCCCCGCCGCCGGCUUCCGGAAGGACUCGGACGAGGAGAGCAUCUGCGAGCCGCGCGGGGGCCUGUCGGACUCGGGGGACGCGCCGGCGGGGGACGCGGGGGACGCGGGGCUCCCGCUGAGCUGCAGGACGCCCGGGGACGACGCGGCGGGCAGCCAGGGCGUCCAGUCCGGCGCCCACAAGAUCAUCCCGCCCCUGUUCAGCUACCGCCUGGCGCAGCAGCAGUUGAAGGAGAUGAAGAGGAAAGGCCUGACCGAAACCACCAAAGUGUACCACGUGUCCCAGAGUCCCCUGACAGACACUGCCAUCGACGCCGCCGCCGGCCCCCCGCUCGACCUGGAAAGCCCCGAAGAAGCGGCAGCGAGCAGGUUCCGGAUCAGGUCCCCGUUUCCGGACCAGCCGGUGGUCAGUGCCGGCGACAGGCCUCCCUCCAGGCUGGAUUUCAGUGUGUCGCAGGCCAGUUGUGCCGUAAGCCCCAGCCAGACCCUGAUCCGCAAGUCACAGGUGAGGCCGGUGGGCAGCAGAGGGGCCCUGUCGGAGAGGAGCCACCCCAGGAUUUCCCAUUUCAGGAGAACGGCCAGUUUCCAUGAAACCAAGCAGGCCCGGCCAUUCAGGGAGAGGAGCAUGUCCAGUCUGACUCCAGGACAGGCCCCCGCCUACAGUUCCAGGACGCGGACCUGGGACCAGGCCGGGGACAGAGGGAGGCCUCACAGCCGAGGCGUCCCCCUGCUUCCUGAGAAACUGGAGCAUUGCCCAGGGGCAGGUGGAAGCAGUCGUCCCUUAAGCCCUCUCCCCAAGUCCUACACCUUGGGGCAGCCCUCCAGGAAACCAGAGGUGGGAGACCGCCAGGCAGGAUUCGUGGCAGGAGUCGAGAGAACAGAGCCUCACCGAGCUUGGAGGGGACCGUCCCCCAGUCACAGGAGUGUCUCAAGGAAGCAGUCUUCCCCUGUUUCCCCCAAAGAUAGCUACCAGAGGGUCAGUCCUCUAAGUCCCUCUCCAUGUAGAAAAGACAAGUGUCAGAGCUUCCCGGCCCACCCCGGGUUCGCCUUCUAUGACAAUACGUCGUUCGGCCUCACUGAGGCUGAGCAGAGGAUGCUGGACCUUCCGGGGUAUUUUGGGUCAAAUGAAGAGGAUGAAACCACAAGUACACUCAGUGUGGAGAAGCUGGUCAUCUAG